GCCCAAUUCAGGUUAGUUAGGUUCUUUCCACUGAAUUCAAGGAGCUUUGCAUCAGGACCUUUUUGAAGGCAUUCUUUCAUUAACGGCCAAAUGGUUAAUCACACAAAUGUACCCUACAAGUGCUGCAUCUUUGCCAUGUUCUAGCACAGCAUACACAUGCACCUGUACACUGGAUUAGCGUACAAACACCUCCCUCUUCCCAAGGCAGCUGUUUCAUCGGCAGAUAAAAUGGAAGCAAUGUAACACAGAGCUGAGCCAUGUCACCCGAGCUAAGCUUGUCCGAGGGAUUUCUUCCAGGGCUGCUCCAUUCACACCAACUGCUCUUAUACCCUGGGUGGAAUUACCUAACCCCAGGCCCCUUGGAAUUGGCAGGAAUCAGCAAGCAUAAUAAAAGACCUGCUGUGCUGUGGGCAUAGCUUCCUGGAUCCAUGCACCGCUUCCAUGUGCAGUGAGGGAUAACGGUGGCUGGUGAUAGCAAAAGUCCAGACUUCUUACAUCUCAAGAUACCCAAACCACCAUACUGAACUGGGCUUCAAGUUGCCUGCUAGCUUUCUGUACCAUGUCACAGACUAACGAGACAGGAACUGGGGAUAAGCAUUGUGGCUUAGCACAUUUCCUGUUUUAUUAAAAAAAAAAAAAAUGGCAGCACAAUGAAGUCGCUGGAAUGAAGAUGUCAGUUAAUGCCCCAUAACCCAAUAUCCAACCUUCUCUUUCUGCCUUGAAGCUUAACAGAGGUUGGGGAGAAGAUCAGUGAUUUGGUGCGUCUACCUCUGGGCUCCCAUCGCAAACACAGGUAAGACCUUCACUUCUACGGCUCUUUGUGGAUGAACAGCAAUGAGCCCUGACACAGGAGAAACCGAUAACGUAUGUCUGUCUCAGCCCACAUUAUUGGCGCGGGAAGUUGUAACUUAACAGCAAGUUGGGGUUUCCUUUCAUUCAUUUCCCUUGGAGGGAGGAGUGCCACAGCAUGCAAAGGGGAGAUAAAGGGCAUGCUAAUUAACAGGGGAUGGUUGACUUGGGGUGGUAGCGGAAGAAAACAAAACCGGUAGCUUGUCAGAGAGGCCUCAGCAGCUUGCUCGGGAAGAGCUCCACCCAAGCCACCAGGACAGAGCUAGGGUAGCGUCGGUGGACACCAUGAUCAGUCAACCUGAGAAGACCCUUCAUCGGCGUAGGAGUCCAAAUGAGAGUUAUGAAGAGAGGUGUGAGCGGCGGCAAGAGACACGCGAGAACUUGCGGAGGCGAAACAACGUGACCACGUGUCGCCGUAUGGGACAAUACAGGAAGAAAGAGAUGAAGGAGCAGUCCCAGAGCUCCCGCCAAAAGGAGUUUCUGAGAAGAAGGAACCUAGUGACUGAAGCAGACAAGAAACAAGGGAGGCCUCCCAUGGGAACGCAAGUGCCUCUGGGACAAGACGGUGGAACGUGGAGUCCCCUGAGCAUAUGGUCACGGAUGGAUCUGAGAGCGUCCACAGCCCUCCAGGUCUCCUGGAACAACAGCAUGCCUUUGUUGCAUCACAAACACCUUCAGCCCGGCCUCAAAGUGCCCCUAGCACAAAGCAACUCACACUUCUGUGGUGUUUCAUCAGAAAGCCUCUUCAGCAAAGAAAUCUCCAAACGUAGCCAAGGCACUCAGACACUGGCAGAUUCUAGCACAAUAAAGAUAGACUCGAGCCAGCAAACAGAUUGUGGAAUAGCAGUGUUGGAUAAGGAAAUAAUUCAGCUUUCUAACUACCUCAAGGAGGCGCUGCACCGAGAGCUGUUGCUGAAGCAGAAGAUGGUGGUUUUACAAGGGCUCUUAUCCACGCUGCUGCAAGCAUCAGAAAAAUCUUGGCAGGGGCAGCUGAAUGAAGAUAAGCUGAAGUGCAAACUCAGGACCCUGGAAAACAAGCUGCAGACCUGCACCCAGAGUUGCACCAAGGAGGGGGUGAAGAAGAUCCUCAUAGAGAUGGAGGACCAAAAGCAGACCUAUGAACAGAAGGCAAAAGAGGCCAUUCAGAAGGUGCUUGAGGAGAAACUCCAAGCAGAAGAGCAGCUCCACAACACUCAGAGAUCCCUGGCUGUCUCGGAAGAAGAUUGUGCCCUCUGGAAAGAACACUAUGAGACUUUAAAAGCAGACUGGAGUGAGAUGACCAGCAAACACACUGAGCUAGAGAACAAACUCCACAUUUUGCAGAAUAAACUGCAAUGGGCAGACUCCCAGAACAACCAGCUCCACGGGGCCCUGCGCCAUCUGGAGAACGAACACACGGAUCUCGACUCCAGAAUCAAGGUCUUGCAGGAGGACAACGCGCUCAAGGCACAGCACGUCAGUGCCUUGGAAGAUAAACUGAAAAAUGAACAAAUCCAGAAGCUGACACUGGAAGAAGCCCUCAGUCACCUGCACAACCUGCUACAAACCCAGUCUGAGGAGCAGAGUGCUCAGGCAGAGGUGAUACGAAGAAAAGAUCAAAUUUUAACUAUGCAGCAGCCCCCCAGCCCUGUCAAAGAAAUACAAAACACUCUGUUCAAGCAGCCGCAAGAUGAGGAAAAGGAAAACCUGAUGGACCAGUUGCAAAAAAGGACAUCUGCGCUCAAAGCAAAGGAAAAAGAGUGCGCAGAGCUCCGCGCCGAGCUGGAGGCCCUGGGUGACGAGUACCGCUCCUGCCUGACCAAAUUACAUCAAUGCCGGGACGAGCUCAAUCAGCUCCAGGGAAGACAAUCAAAAAGACAAUGCGGCCUCUGGAUUCCAGUCCUAAUGGUGGUGAUAGCAGCAGCUGUAGCAGCUUUCCUAGCCAACCUUAUGCCCCCAGAAUACAUGCCAACUACCUCAGCUCCAUACUGACUCAGAUCAUGAGUUUUCACUGUCAUGUACAAAAAAAAAAGGCUAUUUUUUAUAUAUGCACAGUAAGUACUUGAGGGAUUUUUCCCCUCCAUUUUGAGCUGGUCUCACUCUGAACUCCUCGUGAUCUAAUAAAUGCUGUGAGAUCAUUCUUGUCGCUCCCAUUUUUAUUCGUUUUUAAUUAAAGCUUCACUGCUGAA